AUGGGGACCAGUGGCUUUGUCUUCAAGCAUGUCUUCUCCCUUUUGUUCAAUAUUCUCUUCCACCUUUACCAGGCUUUUUACAUGUACAUGCCUUGGAACGAGUCCUCAAUGUCCAAUGAAAAUGGCACAGCCUUCUCAAACUCCUUCAGCGACAUUGAAAUAGCAAAGGCUGUUUUUGAUACAGCUUAUGGGACUGUAUUGAGGCGAGAAGCGAAGGACAUCCAAUGGAUGGACCUAUACAAGUAUGCUAGUACGCGCGAUGUGAUUGAAAUUCGAUUGCAAGAAGCCGGGUGGGAAGACGCCGGCGACAAAUUGCAGCUAGCUUUCAACAGGUUUCAUGACGAGAUGGAGCCCCUCAACGAGACGCAGGCGGCAUGGGCCAACUUCGUCGAGGCGACCAAUUUUACCUAUGUUACAUCCAAGUUCAAGCCAUUUCUCGACGCAUCGUUGGACACAGAAGAGGAGCGGGAACAUGCUCGGAUGGCGCUGUGCAAGAUCUUCGGCGUUCGGGGUACUUUUAAGGUGACGCAAGAAACAAAAAAGAUGUAUGAGUCCAGGCGGGCCGUGAUACAAAACGCCGAAGCAGCCUGGCUCAACACGGACCGAAAAACCCUCACCAAAUUCGUCAGCAGGUUGGCGGUUCUGAUUGACGAUGAAGACGAAGAUGAAAGAUGGGCGGACUUGCACAAGAUGGCAGGGACGGAUGAGAAUCUGAAAGAAGCGCUUGAUGACCAUCGUGAUACGGUAAGAGACGAGCUUUGA